AUGGUACACAGAUCUUGCUUUGAGGCCCUUGAUAGAACACUUAAAGAUGUUCUUAGAUUUUAUGAUACCAGCUGUGUUGAUAUGCCCUUUGGUGGAAAAGUGGUCGUUCUAGGAGAUGAAUUCUUGAUCAAAGGUUCAGAAGACCCACUUUCAGAUAUUAUUGAUUUUGUCUACCCGAAUCCGAUGGAUAAUAUAUUAGAUCCGACUUUCUUUAAACAACGUGCUCUUCUAACUCCUAAAUUGUCCGAUGUUGCCAUGUUAAACGAGCACCUAAUGGCUGUGAUUCCGGGUGAAGAAAGGACAUUUUUAAGUUCAGAUAAGGUUUUGAAACAAGACGGUAAUUCAUCUCUUGAGGAUGAUGAAAUCUCCCUUGAGAUCUUAAAUACAUUCUCAUGUUCGGGGAUUCCUGAUCAUAAAUUAACUUUGAAGGUAAAAGUACCGGUUAUGCUAUUGAGAAAUAUUGAUCAAUCAAGAGGUUUGUGCAACGGUACGAGAUCACUUAUUACAAAGUUGGGGAAUCAUGUUGUUGAGGCAAUCGUUCUUACAAGAAACAAUAUAGGAGAUACUGUGUUAAUCCCUAGAAUGACGAUGAGCCCAUCGGGUCAUACAUUUCCAGUAAACUUCCAAAGAAGACAAUUCCCCUUGGUAGUUUCGUUUGCGAUGACUAUAAACAAAAGUCAAGGACAGUCGCUGUCUCAUGUUAGCAUUUAUCUUCCUAGGCCUGUCUUCACUCAUGGGCAAUUAUAUGUGGCACUAUCUAGAGUAAAGAGCAGGCAUGGAUUGAAGAUGCUGAUACUUGAUGAAAAUGGAUGUGUUACAAAUACUACUUUUAACGUCGUCUAUAAGGAAGUGUUUCAAAGAUUAGUGUAG